UCGGCGGCCAUGGCUCCGAGCGCGCAGGCGGGGGCCGGCCGCGGGCAGGCCCCGGCCGCGGGGAUCCGCCACGGCAUCCGCGCCGUGCUGCUGGGCCCGCCCGGCGCCGGCAAGGGCACGCAGGCCCCGAAGCUGGCCGAGACCUACUGCGUGUGCCACCUGGCUACCGGCGACAUGCUGCGGGCCAUGGUGGCCUCGGGCUCCGAGCUGGGCAAGCGGCUCAAGGAGACGAUGGAUUCGGGGAAGCUGGUGAGUGAUGAGAUGGUGGUGGAGCUGAUUGAGAACAACCUGGACUCACCUCCCUGCAAGAAUGGGUUCCUCCUGGACGGCUUCCCACGCACAGUGAAACAGGCAGAGAUGCUGGAUGAGCUCCUGGAGAAAAGGAGAGAGAAGCUCGACUCCGUCAUUGAGUUCAGCAUCCCUGACUCCUUGCUGAUCCGGAGGAUCACGGGCCGGCUGAUUCACCCAGCGAGUGGCCGCUCGUAUCACGAGGAGUUCAGACCCCCGAAAGAGCACAUGAAGGACGAUGUCACUGGAGAGCCCCUGAUCCGCCGCUCGGACGAUAACGAAACGGCCCUGAAAACCCGCCUGAAGGCCUAUCACACCCAGACCUCCCCCCUGGUGUCCUACUACAGCAAGAGAGGGAUCCAUACGGCCGUGGAUGCCUCCCAGUCUCCCGACGUGGUGUUUGCCAGCAUCCUGGCAGCCUUCACAAAAGCAACAUCUGAGUGACUCCAUCAAGCAGAUGAGACACCACCAAAUGCUGCACACUCUGCUACAUCACCCAUUGCAGCCCUUCCCUGGGUGCAGGGAGGGCAGCUGGGAGGGGGGUAUGAUUGAUGGUGGGGGGGGGGGAAGGAGGUGGCAAACAAGGGGUUGGGGGGCUGAUUUGGUUGGGUUUUGGUUGGAUUUUUAUUUGGCAGAAUCAUUGUGUAGAAGAAGCAGCCUUCUCCUUAGGAAUCAUGUUUGUGGAGGCAAAACAAUUGUGGAGAGGGAAACAUCUCUCAGUGAUCAGCUGCAGGUCCUUGACCUGUUGGAGGGCAGGACUAGAUGUUACUCCAGGCUUCUCCAGGACUUUCAGGGCUUGUCUCAUGGCCUCUUGGUACUCUGAGGCCACUGAAAAGUUUGCUGUGAUUUUUUCCUAAAAUUGCUUCCUAUCAGCGAGGACCAAAAGGAACAAAUGAUUCAUCAUGUCUGAAAUGGAAAGGAAAAAAGAGAUGCUUUGGUCUUUUCCUGGGAGUUUUGUUUUUCUUGUUCUGCUGCAUUCCUGAACCCUGGCAUAAAGACUUCUCAAGGAUUCUCUGCUGCUGAACAGAGGGGCUGUGGCUCUAGUCCAAACCUGCCUUACUUGGGAGUGGGGUGGCUUUUCUGUGAUCAUGACCAAGCUGGAAUUCACACAAUGCUGAAGAAAUGCAAGAGACUUUUCUUAAUUGCUUACAAAAAUAACACUUAACUGGGGAGGUUUUUUUGCAUUUCUUUUUUACAUCAAAUGGUGCCUUGUCUAACCUCUGAAUCAAUAAUAAAAUAACCCCUUUACAUUUGUA